GCAAGAUCGAUGAAUAGUCGCCCGAUCAUGGCGGUGCCGUCGGUGUUCGCCGCCUUCGACGAGGACGGCGACGGCAAGGUGUCCGCGUCCGAGCUGCGACGCUGCAUGGAGGCGACACUGGGCGAGGACGUGUCUGAGGAGGAGGCGGCGGCGGUCCUCGCGACGGUGGACGUCGACGGCGACGGACUGCUAAACCAAAAAGAGUUCUCGAGGCUGACAGCCGGCGCCGGUGCUCAGGAAGAGGACGAUGCCGACGUGAAGCGAAGGUGCCUGAAGGAGGCGUUCGGGAUGUACGCGUCGUCGCCCACGGAAGACACGAUUACGCCGGCGAGCCUGAGGCGGACGCUGAGCAGGUUGGGGUCGCACGAGCUGGGCGUGGAGGAGUGCCGGGCAAUGAUCUGCAGAUUCGACCUCGACGGCGACGGCAAACUCUCCUUCGACGAGUUCCGGGUCAUGAUGAUGGCCUGAUCAUGGACUCUCUUCGUCGCAUUCUUCUAGUAGAUACAUGUAAUGUUCACUUAAUUCAUUGGUCGAUCACAUAUGUGACAUGUGAUAUAUAUGUACAGUCAUGUGUUCAUUCAUUCAU